AUUCGACUGGACGUGUGCUUCUUUCCGUUGGGCAGCGUGUUUCAACUUUCGGGCGCGAUUCUUUAAGUAUUUUUUUUGUAAUUUUGAACUAUCAACUAUCGGAAGUCACUUUUCGGGAGUGUUUUCGGAACAAGCAUGUGGCCCCAGGAGCGAUGGCUCACCUGGAUUACGGUAGCCAUGAUCGUCGGUCAAGUGAAAAGUAUCUACGAUCCACGGGCGAACCAUGGCCCCAGUGCAAACAUGAUGAUGCCGCAGGUUCACGGAGACUACAGCAAAGUUCACACCCACAAGGCCCGUGCCUAUGAGCCGAACUACGCCCGCAGUGAUCACAAUCUGCACUACCAUGCGUCACCGUAUCAACAAUCGCAACAGACGCAACUGCCGCAACCAAUUUAUCACAGAACGGUACCGGUGAGCUCGACGGCGGCUGUACCGGUUCGGACGGACCCUCCUCUGCAAAAGUUGCGCUACGUUUCACUCCAGGAGAAUUCUAUUUCGGAUUCGAGCAAUCCUAAAACCAGUGGAGGUAAAGGAGCGUCCGAAGUGCCGGGAUUCAAUGGUUUGCAAUGUCCACCCCUGGAGUCCGGCUCUUUCGUGUACAUCAUGGAUUGUAGGCAAUUUUUGAGCUGUUGGAAAGGUCGAGGUUAUAUUCAAAGCUGCGCUCCAGGGACUCUGUUUAACCCAGACACCAGGGAAUGCGACCAUCCUACCAAGGUCGAAUGUUUGACGUCCAACACGAUUCAAGAAUACCAUACGCUUGUGAGGCAGCGCAAACCAAGGGAUCAAAGUUCGGCUUACACCCAGGAAACCGCAGCUGAGUCAAGGAAACCUCUCUGUCCACUCGAUGUGGCUGGAUUACGUGAACAUCCUACUGACUGUAGAAAGUUUCUAAAUUGCAAUAAUGGAGCGACUUUUAUUAUGGACUGCGGACCAGGAACGGCGUUUAAUCCUCGAAUUUCGGCCUGUGAUCACAUCUACAAUGUGGAUUGUAAUCGAUACGACAACUACGUUCAUCCAAGACCGACACAGCCGUCCAAUCCAGAUGCCGAAGAUAUCGAUGUUGAAAGUGUCAGCCUAGAUAUCGAUGUUCGAUUUGACUAUGAAGACAGCACACAACCUACUGCGAGGGCCAGAACCAGUAUUCCACUGCAGGUUCCGAAACCGGUAAACCUUAGGCCGGCAUCCAGUGAAAUACGUCCAGUUUACGUUCCUCCGCCGUCAACUACCACACCCCGCAUGGGUCAGGCUACUAACAACUUCAACCCGGUGUACUACCGCCCUGGUCAAACUCCAAGUCCACGAGACGCCCAAUCUGCAACGACUGAGCUUCCAAUUAGCGACGCAUUGAAACUACUGCUGAAACCUUUCAUGAAUAAAGGCGAUGUUGAGCUCAAUAUGACCAAGGUGAACUCCAUGAUGAGUUCAACGACUACCGCAAAACCCAACCUCGCGGUACUAGGUUUGCGUCAGACGCCAGUUCAGAACAAUUCGGCUUACCUUGCAUCACCACAGUACAUUAACAAUCAGCUCGGUGGAUAUCAACCAAUCUACUAUGGUAUGCCAACGCAAAGGCCACCGAUUCCUCACAACCCUAAUCCGCACCGUCUUCAUCCGGCUCCGUUCCAGCCAAGCAUUCCACAGACAUAUCCAUUGUAUCGACCACGAGCAACAACUGCAGCUCCGAUACGUAGCCGAUUCGGGGAGGGCUCUUCCCAGUGGCGACCGAUGGCUACCACUAGUAAGCCACCUACAACGACCCAGGAUCCUUGUCGAGGAAAGUUCCUUUGCGGUGAUGGAUCCUGUAUAGACCCUACCAAGGUUUGCGACGGCAAGAAAAACUGUCAGAACGGUGCCGACGAACGUAACUGUAGCCACGUGGGUUACGAGAUUCGGCUAUCGGGCAAGCAUCAGGGCCGUGUCGAGGUUAAGGCUUUUAACAAGUGGGGCUACGUUUGCGACGAUAACUUCAGCCAGGAGGCGGGGAACGUUCUGUGCCGAGAGCUGGGUUACGAGGGUGGCGUGCUGGAGCUGAAACCGAGUUCCUUCUACGCACCGAACGCAUCGAUGAUGAAUAAUGGGACUCCGGUGUUCAUAAUGGACGAAAUUCGGUGCCAGGGUAACGAGAGUGCGCUGAAGGAUUGCGAUUUUUCCGGCUGGGGGGUGCACGACUGUAACGCCGAAGAAGUGAUGGGAUUGGUGUGUAAGACACCGGUCAUGACCUGCCCCAAUGAUUACUGGCUGUGUGAUACCUCGUCGGAGUGCGUCCCGGUAGGGUUCUUGUGCGACAAUGUGAUGGACUGUGCCGAUGGAUCGGACGAGAGCAUUCAGCAUUGCAAUGCCCCGCUAGAGAUGCGGCUGGUGGAUGGCGCCAACCAGUGGGAAGGCCGCGUCGAAGUCAAGUACCGAGGUAUCUGGGGUACGAUUUGCGACGACGAUUUUGGAGUGCGGGAAGCUCGGGUGAUCUGUCGUCAGAUGGGCUUCAAUGGGACGGCUGAGGUACGGAAGAGCCGCUUCAAGCAGGGUACCGGCCAGAUCUGGUUGGAUCAGGUCGUGUGCCAGGGUAACGAAACGUCUAUCGAUGAUUGUAUGCAUUGGCACUGGGGCGAACACAACUGUGGCCAUGGGGAAGACGUUGGAGUGCGGUGUGGAGCUCCGGAGGCUGCUAGGCAAACCCUGGCCCCGAUCAGAGCUGCCGGUGGGAAAGCUUUCAAGUUCGACUUUGUGGAGAAGUCUAGCAAGAUUUAUCCGGACAGCUGUGGGCAACUGCAAGUGGACCCCUCGGCUGUGAAACCAACCUAUGGAGCCAGGGUUAUACACGGAGGAGAAACUGUUUAUGGUCAUCAUCCAUGGCAGGCAGCUCUGAGAGUGAAGAAGCAAAAAUCGGCCCACUGGUGUGGAGCGGUUCUGAUCUCCAAAUAUCACGUACUCACGGCUGCUCAUUGCCUUAUCGGCUACCCGAAGGGUGCCUACAUGAUCCGCAUUGGUGACUACAAUACGGAAAAACUGGAGCAGGCUGAAAUCGAUAUUUUCAUCGAGGAUUACUACAUCCACGAAAACUUCCGGGUGGGUCAUCACAUGAACAACGACAUUGCGGUGGUUCUACUGAAGACGCCAAUUCGAUUCAACGACUACGUUCAACCGGUGUGUUUACCCCCGAAGAGUCAGCGAUAUCAGGACGGCAUGAACUGCGUCAUUUCCGGCUGGGGUUCAACGCAGUCGGGAUCUUCAAUUCAUUCCUUGGAGUUGAGAGCUGCUAAAGUUCCUAUCCUUUCGGACGAGGUUUGUAACCAACCUGAAGUUUAUGGCAACAAUGUAACCGAAGGAAUGUUCUGUGCCGGGACCUUGGAUGGCGGUGUUGAUGCGUGUGAAGGAGAUUCCGGGGGACCAUUGGUAUGCAGCAUUGACCGUGGACACACACUGUACGGUAUCAUUUCCUGGGGAUCCCAAUGUGGACAUGCCAACAAACCCGGCGUCUACGUUAAGGUGGCCCACUACAUCGAUUGGAUCGAGGAAAAGUUGAAACAAUCAUUGCACAUGUACGGUGUGUAGAACGAUCCGCAAACGUGCGGAUCACAUUUGUACCUUAAAAAACAGAACAAGAACCCAAGUACUCGAAUAGAAAGUAGGUUUAGAUUUUAUAAUACCAAAGAAGAGACCAAAGGACCAAUCAACACAAACAGGGACAUAUCGGAUAUACCAAAGUGAAAAGCGCGAAACCAAGCCGUUACCAUUUUGUAAUAGGGCGAAUAAAAUAUUUUUUUUAUUAUUAGUAUUUUAAUAACUCUCUACAA